UUCUUCCCCAAGCAAAACCCACCCGCCCGCCCACUUUACUGCUUCAAUGCUAAAACAUCAGGCUAGACAGUGUGAGUCUAAGUUCUUGUUUUCUAUGAGCGCCAUGAAUCUCCACCUCUAUGGUGUCUCCAAGUUUGUUUUCUUCUUCUUCGCCCUUUUCAUUCUUUCAGUUUCGGCAACGCAUGUGACAUUGCCACAAAGUCCCAUCUCUAAAUCUUCUUCUUCUGGGAGCUCGGGCCAGAUAAAUUCUAACUCGGUCCUCGUUGCCCUCCUCGAUUCGCAUUACACUGAGCUCGCUGAACUCGUGGAGAAAGCCCUUCUUUUACAAACCCUCGAGGAAGCCGUGGGGAAAUACAACAUCACCAUCUUCGCGCCGAGGAAUGAAGCUCUCGAGCGAGGACUCGACCCCGAGUUCAAGCGCUUCUUGCUCGCUCCCGGGAACCUCAAGUCCCUCCAGACCCUCUUGAUGUUCCACAUUGUUCCCAGACGAAUCGGUUCCGACGAGUGGCCCCGCCAGUCUUCUGGGCCGGUUCGGCACCCAAACCUCUGUAAUGAUCACGUAUAUUUGAGAAGCCAGGGUUCCGGCAAGAGAAUCAUCGACUCUGCCGAAAUUGUUCGACCGGAUGACGUCAUCCGCCCUGACGGUGUAAUCCACGGGAUCGAACGGAUGCUGAUUCCCCGAUCCGUACAGGAAGAUUUCAACCGGAGAAGGAAUCUGCAGUCGAUUUCCGCGGUCUUACCGGAGGGCGCACCCGAGGUGGACCCCAGGACCCACCGCUUGAAGAAACCAGCAGCACCUGUUCCAGCCGGAGCCCCGCCGGUUCUUCCGAUUUACGACGCAAUGGCACCAGGACCAUCCCUGGCUCCGGCACCGGCGCCAGGACCCGGAGGACCCCACGGUCACUUCAAUGGUAUGCGCCAGGUCAAGGACUUCAUCCACACCCUUUUGCAUUACGGUGGUUACAACGAGAUGGCAGAUAUUUUGGUUAAUCUAACUUCCCUAGCCACUGAAAUGGGAAGGUUGGUCUCCGAAGGAUACGUUUUGACCGUCUUGGCUCCUAACGACGAGGCCAUGGCGAAGCUGACGACAGACCAAUUGAGCGAGCCCGGUGCACCGGAGCAGAUAAUAUACUACCAUAUCAUACCCGAGUAUCAGACCGAGGAGAGUAUGUACAAUGCGGUGAGAAGGUUUGGAAAGGUCCGUUACGAUACUCUGAGGUUGCCGCACAAGGUUGUGGCUCAGGAGGCUGAUGGUUCGGUCAAAUUCGGGCAGGGAGAUGGGUCCGCAUAUCUGUUCGACCCCGAUAUUUACACGGACGGGAGAAUUUCUGUACAAGGGAUUGACGGUGUUUUGUUCCCAGCGGAGGAGGAGGAGGAACUAAAGACAGAGAAGAAAACAGCUCCAGUUGUCAAGGUUGUCACCAAGCCAAGAAGAGGGAAGUUGCUGGAAGUAGCAUGUAGGAUGCUUGGAGCUUUUGGACAGGAUUCCCGUUUAUCUACUUGUCAAUGAAUAUACAAAACCAAGGAGGGAAAAUGAUGUCUUGUAAACAGUUCAUAAAUGUUGUAGUAUGAUUCCAUCUAAUACAAUGGAUGCAUAGUUAAUUGAAGGGAGAGCGUUUACGUUGCAAAAGAGAAAGAAAGGUCUCUGUUUUUUGCUAUAAAUACCAUAAUCACGAUUUUUUCCCUCUUUGAUUCAGUCUCUGUAUAAUGCAUAAAACAAUCUCCCAAGAUGCUCGAAUUUCAUGACUGGGCUGUGUUUCUUUUUUCUUUUUUAUCUUUUCGGCCUGUUUGUGAAUCCAUGGCUCGUAUAUCCACACCGAAACGUAAAUAUUCUUUACUGUCAUAUUAUGAUUGUGUGUAUGAAAUUGGACCUUUCUAUUGGAUUGGGAUGUAUAUUCUCCAUUGAAGUUGAAACUGUGCCGACAUUGACAAUUA